AUUACGAGAUUGUCCCGUGUACCUGCUACAUACACACCACUGAAGGAAGGAAGAUCAGGAGGAUCCGAUCUGCUGGUGUUAACAGAAAUGAUGGAGGCGGAACUGAGCGCACACAGUCCGGAUAAACUGAGCUUCAGUCCGCUACAGGACAGAGAGCUGACGCGGCUCUACUGCAUGAAUGGCGGCCAUCACCUUCAGCUUCUCCAUGACAGCACCGUGAGAGGAAGCAGAGAGGAGACCGAACCAUACAGUAUAUUGCGAAUUAAAGCUGUGAGUGCUGGAGUGGUGGUCAUCGAGGGAAUAGAGGUGAAACGUUUCCUCUCUAUGAAUGAAGAAGGAAAGCUGUAUGGAUCUUUAUCUGUAACAGAUGAAAGUUACUUCUUGGAGAGGAUUGAAGAAAACCACUACAAUACGUACCAGUCCCAAAAGUACGGCCCAAACUGGUACGUCGGAAUAAAAAAGAACGGGGACCCAAAACGAGGUUCCAGGACACACAUUGGACAGAAGGCCAUUUUCUUCCUACCUCGGCAGGUGGAUUAACCAAUAGACCAAAAUACACGUAUCAAACAUAGCUAAACUAACCUGAGCUGCUUUUUAAAAAGUGUUUGACUGAAUUCUUAAGUUGACCUGUUUUUGUGAGAUGCUAUUUUUGUGAAAUGUAAUAACUUAUAAGACUGUUAUAUAUUGCGUAG